AAAUUUAGGAAAAUUAUUUUAAAAACUCAAUUAGGAAAUUUUAGUAUAUAGUACUAUAUAUAUUGUAUCCAACAUGUUUAACGAAACAAUGAAAUGGAUACUUGAUUAUUAUGAGUGUCAUAUGCAAUGUAUUAUGUCGAUAAUUGGUAUUGUAUGGAACAUAAGUAACAUUGUGGAUCCGGAAAAUUUUGGUAAGAAACCUACACUGGCAUUGAUAUCCUGCGCAUUCGUUUUUGGAAUGGUAUUGUUGUUAAGCAAUCUUGCAUGCGUAUGGGCUAAGGAAUACCGUGUAUCAACUUGUGCUAAUAUAUUGAGAAUUUUUAUUUAUCCCUCUCAAAUCGUGGGCAUUACUUGCCUGAGCUACCUGUUUCUGUCAAUUUAUUAUGCUUUAUUCCUGGUUGGUGAAGUAGUGGACUCCAUGUCAUGGAUGUAUUUUUGGAAAACGACGAAGACACUCACAGAACAAGAACCAACAUUAGUAGGCUAUAUGCUUAUGGCAAUUGUAUUCUUAGGUGGAAUAUCUCAGAUUAGUUACAUUAGGUCAUUUAUUAAAGUAACUCAUUUGUGGCUACUAAUGAAGUUUAAGAGGCCCGCACCAGUUGAUCUAGUAUAUCGCAGAGGACGAUACUUUGAUCCUGUAGAACUUAAUUUACAUGUGCAAUCUUAAGUAUAUGGGCGAGUAAUGAAAGAGGUCGACCUCCACCUUGACCUAGUGAUAUCUCAACACGUAAAUAAACCUUAGCAAAUAUCUUCGAUCUUUAGCUUGGAAAUUUCCCGGUGUACCUAAAUUUGAUGCUCAUAAUUUCAACAAAACAAUACCAAAUAUUUAUAUAGACUAAGAUGAGUCGAAUUCUUUCUAAAAUUAACCUAAUUUGGAACAUUCACCUUUACCUGGACUUAAGACGUAAGGCUGGAAUUAUAUUUAUUUUUAAAGCAACUUUAGCAUUUUUUUAAAUAAAAGCGCAUUUUUUCUAGUCUUUAUCCAUGCCAAAAAAUUAUUAGGACAUCCUAAUGUAUUCUAUUUAUUAAG